AUUCACCUGAACCUACCUCUCCCUGAGCUCGAUGCGAGGAAGCGGUUGCAUCGGCCUACCUCGCCGUCUUCCUUCUUCUCUUUCUUCGUUGUAUCUAUUGCUUGGCCUAAUGGUUUUCUUACGUUCUCGAGACUCAAUUUCACUCCUUUAGUUUACCAACCCUUUCCCCGAGCCCGAUCUCCUGUACCGGAAAUCAUGGCGCGUCUCGGCCGCGUAGGGUUCCUCACCCUCGCGGUGGUGUUUCACCUAAUUUACGCCUAUUCGAUCUUCGAUAUAUACUUUGUCAGCCCGAUCGUUAGUGGUAUGAAAUCGUUUCGUGUCGAACGAGAAUCCGAUGCCGCUGCUCCCGCCAAACGUCUCGUUCUGUUCGUUGCCGAUGGCUUGCGUGCCGAUAAAGCCUUCCAGGCAUUGCCUGACCCCGACGACACCACCGGAGAGGAUACGGAGCCGAUCUACCUGGCACCUUUCAUUCGGUCUCGAGUACUCUCCCACGGCACUUUCGGGAUUUCCCAUACCCGAGUUCCUACUGAAUCGCGGCCUGGCCACGUUGCGCUUAUCGCGGGGUUGUAUGAGGAUGUGUCGGCGGUAACAACAGGAUGGAAGCUGAACCCGGUAAAUUUCGACAGCGUUUUCAAUCGCAGCCGGCAUACGUGGAGCUGGGGGAGCCCGGAUAUUCUUCUUAUGUUCCAAGAAGGUGCAGUUCCCGGAAGGGUUGACGCGGACACGUACGGAGAAGAGGCGGAAGACUUUUCAUCUGACGCAACACUGCUGGACACCUGGGUUUUCGAUAAAGUGAAGGAAUUGUUUGCUUCCGCUAAAACAGAUCCCGAGUUAAAUGCGAAAUUGCGCGAAGACAAGUUGGUGUUCUUCCUGCACCUCCUCGGGCUCGAUACGACGGGUCAUGGGUAUCGUCCAUAUUCGAAAGAAUAUCUGCGUAAUAUCAAGCUGGUGGACAAAGGGGUGCAGGAAAUAACGCAGUUGGUGGAGGAGUUCUAUGAGGAUGAUGAAACAGCUUUCGUUUUUACGGCCGACCACGGAAUGAGCGAUUGGGGUAGUCAUGGCGAUGGCCAUCCCGACAAUACGAGGACACCACUCGUGGUAUGGGGUUCUGGUAUAGCUGGUCCUAGGUAUACCCAGGAAGGAAUUCCAACUGGUCAUGAGGAUGGUGUUUCGUCCGACUGGGGCUUUGACAACAUUCGGCGGAAUGAUGUCGCGCAGGCUGAUGUCGCAGCCCUGAUGGCAUACCUGACUGGGCUUGACUUUCCUACUAAUUCGGUGGGUGAGCUACCUUUGGAAUUUUUGGAUGCCAGUCCCAAGGAUAAAGCACUUGCCGCGCUGGCCAAUACUCAGGCGGUCUUGGAGAUGUACCGUGUGAAGGAGGAGCAAAAAAAGGCCACCCUGCUUCGGUAUAAGCCCUUUGAGCCUCUGGCCGAUCACGGUCAGACCUCAGUCGAUGAACACCUUCAGGAGAUAGAGGCUAAGAUAGCAAUCGGCUUUUACGACGAAUCCAUCGCAAUGUCGUCUGCUCUACUGGCGAAUGCUUUGGAAGGCCUGCGCUACUUACAGACAUAUGACUGGCUUUUUCUCAGAACUGUUGUGACAUUGGGCUACCUGGGCUGGAUUGCAUAUGCUUUAACCACUGUUAUUGACUUGCAUGUCCUUCAUGGCACGUCCGACUCGAACCGAACUGUCUUCAGCACUUCAUUUUUCUCGUCUAUUCUCGUCGCACUUUUUUCUGUCUUUCUCUUCCAGCGCUCCUCGUGGCGGUACUAUUUCUAUGGGGUCUUCCCGGUCUUUUUCUGGGAAGAGGUAUUCGUUCGACGAAAGGCUUUGAUUGCUGGCCGUGAGAUACUCAUGAGUCAUGUCCAUUCGGCGAGUGGAUAUGUCGCAUUUGGAUUCCAGUCAUUGGUUUUUGUAGGCGUAUUGGAGGCCCUAGUACAAUCUUACUUUCACCGCGAGAUUUAUACUGUUUGCUUCGUCUUGGGCGCUUUUUGGCCCUUGUUCUAUGGAGCAAGAUUCGUUAAGAGGCACACGCUACUUUCUCUUUCAUGGGCCAUCGGCUGUCUCUUAAUGAGUAGCUUCACUUUGCUCCCGGCAAACAAAGUCGAAGAUAUCGACCUGAUAACCUGGAGUGGCCUGUUGAUGUUCUUCACCGGACUGUUAUACUUGCUUUUUGAGGAUUACGUCCUGGGACGAAAGUCCUCGGCACAGUCGUCAAUUGCUAUUUCUAGCUGCGGCGCACGCACGAUCAUGGGCACGCAGCUGGGCAUGGUCUUGCUUGCCUUGAUCGUUACGAGAUCCAGUGCAACGUCUCUUCAAGCUAAACAAGGACUACCGUUCGGCAAUCAAGUGGUCGGUUGGUUCGUUCUGGUUGCAUCUCUUCUCCUUCCGUUCCUCUACCGACUAUAUUCGAAUAGUCAUUACCUGCAUCGCUUGAUGGUUCUCUUCUUAACAUUCUCCCCGACGUUUAUCAUCCUCACCAUCUCUUACGAGGGUCUCUUUUAUUUCGUCUUUUGUAUGACCUUGGCCACUUGGGUCCGGCUGGAGCAUGCCAUAUAUGUCUAUACUGCAGCCACGGGAGAUGGCGCCGCAAUUCCGAAGAAGACGGGCACGGAAGCAACGGCCGUUGUUGAAGGCCAGGCUUACCGCUACCGGACACUCGGCGUUUCAGAUGCGCGUGUUGCUUUAUUUUUCUUCUUCCUCCUUCAAUCCGCCUUUUUCAGCACGGGGAACAUCGCGUCAAUCUCCUCGUUCUCGUUGGAGAGUGUUUGCCGGCUCAUUCCGAUCUUUAGCCCGUUCAGUCAGGGCGCUUUGCUGAUCCUGAAGAUUCUCAUUCCAUUCGCACUCAUCAGCGCCAACCUGGGUAUUCUUAAUCGCCGGUUGGAGGUGGCUCCCAGCGCUUUGUUCAUGGUUGUGAUGUCGAUCUCGGACAUUAUGACGUUGAACUUCUUCUACAUGGUCCGGGACGAGGGCUCCUGGUUGGAUAUUGGCACGACGAUUAGCCACUUCUGCAUUGCCAGCUUCCUGUGCACGUUCGUGGCCGGACUGGAGUUUAUUAGCGAGGUGAUGAUCAGUGGAGUAGACUUUGGCCCCCGGGCAACAGCAUUUGGAGCCGCUGUUGUCGAAGCUGUCAAUGGGUCAGUGGAGACUGACACCAGUGGGAAGUCGGGCGGUACAGAUGGUCGCGCAACCUAAUAGAUCCCCAGAGUGCGCGACUUUAACGGCGACGACGCGCCGGAAAGCUCCACCAGGAGUUGUAAUGAAUUUUGUACAUGUGUGAUAUAGUUAGAUACGUGCAUUGGACUAAUAUACGCUACUCCAGAUGAGGCGUAUGUCCCGGACAGUCCGAAUUUUGGAUUG